CAAUAAGGUUUAUUCAUACUAGAAGAAUUUAAAACGAAUAUAAAAAAAUUAUUUUAAAUAAUAAAUGCUUGCUCAUCGCUUGUCGAUCGAGUGGAAUCAAUCAUUCUUAUCAGCGUUUUUAAUAGAUAAAAUUAUUUCACGAUAAAUUUAAUAUCCAACAUACUGUAAUGUCUUGCGGUAAACGUUUUGCACCCUCAAUAUUUUACUUAAGCCGGGACUAUUAUCGGCUGACAUUACUUUUAAUUUUAAUAACCAUUUUGGCCGACCAAUAAGAUUAUAGUAACUUGAGGAAAAUGGAAAAUGGACCAAGUUGUAAAACCGAACAUCCCCGAAGGAUCCCCUCCUACCCUAAAGGAUCAAGGGAUCGAACAAGAUUCUGGCAGUUAAUAUCCAGUAAAAGUAAAUUAAAAAUUCAAGUGUUAAAUAUUAUGGAAAAACAAGCACCACCACCUUACAACUAUGAAGCACAGCAUAUGCCUAUGCCCAUGCCUAUGGCUGUGCCUGCUAUGAAUCCAUAUAAUCAACAUGCAUCUACAUCAGUGGAUCCAAUCGUUCGUGUGGCACCAAUGGUUACCCCAUUGGACAAAGAAUCAACAAGAAUGAUUUGUCCUCAUUGUAGAGUUACAAUUGAAACAACUGUUGAAAAAAAUCCAAGUACAAUGGCUUGGAUUUCUUCAUUGAUACUUUGUUUAACUGUUGGUUAUUGUGGAUGUUGUUUAAUUCCAUUUUGCAUGGAUGAUUGUCAUGAUGUUAAACAUACAUGUCCAAGUUGUGGUGCAUUUUUGGGUGAACGACGAGCAUAAUUUGAUUAUUAAUUAUUAUAAAAUUUUAACAAUUUAUAAUUAAUAUAAAAAAAUAAAUAUUUAACUGCGUAUCUGCAUUAUUGAUUAAAUUUUUGUUAUCAGUUUUAUUGAUACACCUAUCGUGACAAUGAUUUGCAAAUAUAUGUU